GUAUUUAGUCACACUGUUGUUUACAUGUUUGUAUUUCAUUGAAUGUAUUUAUAUUUACAUUACAAUUUAUUCACAUUAAUUAAAUAAUAAAUCCCAUGGACCUGCGCAAACUGUGCCGCAUUUGCUUCGUGGACAGCGCUUCCGUGGAUAUACGGGAGCACAGGAGCAGCGCCAGUUCGGAUCAGACAGUCCUCCAGCUAAUAGAAGCCAUGUUUGGCUGGAACAUAGCACUUAAUCUUACUGAGGAGCUGCCCAUGAUCUGUUAUGAUUGCUUGGAGGAUUGCCUGCAGCAGUACGCCUUCUUCAGGAAGCUAACGUUCGCCAAUCAGCAGCUACUGCAGCUCUACAACGAGGCGGAGGUAGAAAUGUGCCACGUUAAGAUGGACGCAGCGGAGGAAGAGCCCGAAAACCAGGCUGAUGAAGAACUCGAGAUGCUGGAGGAAUUUGUACCACUGGAUUAUGUGGUUCUAGAACCCGAUCGUUCAACGGAAACAAGACAAUCGAGGAGAAGGACGGAUAGCGGUCCGAAACCCUCUCAAAGGCUGGCCAACCAAGACUCGCUGAUUGUCUCCGAGUUUUUACCUGCCACCACAGCCCAACCACGACUGGAUCUAUCCGACUCUCAACUGGAGCAACUGGAAUCCCCAGCAUACGAAAUCCGCACCGUGGACUAUGCUGCCGUCGAACUGAAACACUACAACCUGGACGAGUACAACGAGGCCAAUCGCCUGCUAGACGUGGAGCCCAGUGGCAGCCAGGCCAUCUACAAGUGCCAGUACUGUCCACUGGCUUACGCCUCGCCUCAUUAUCUGAAAACUCAUGUGCGCAAUUCGCACGUCUGCAAGUACUGCACCACCGCCUUCGCCAAGGUUCGCGAUCUCAAUGAGCAUAUUCGGCAGAAGCAUCCGCAUCACCAGUGCGUCGUCUGCUCCAACCACUUUAGUACCAGCAGCAAUCUAAGGGCUCACUUAAAGAAAAUUCAUGGAGUUCAGCUGCCCGCACAGGUGGCGCUGCUGGAUUACAGGCCAGCCAGUCAGGAUCGUGAUAAUCCGCGCUCCUAAUAAAGAUUAUAUUACAUAGUUA